UUGAAAAAUCAAAAUGUUAUUCGCAAUAUGUGCUCCACUAGAAAAAUCACUAAAUGCCAAAUGAUAGAUGCAUCGGUUAUACGGUUGUGCGACAGAAUGACGGAUCAACCCUGUGCAAAAUACAUUUUCUGCAACUGACAAUGAGCAUUCGAUAUAUCUAUGUUCAAUAUAUCCAUGAUACCAUAGAUAUAUUGAACUAGAUCGGACAAGUUCCGAAAAGUCAGAGUCAUAAGAUAGUAAGUCGUAAAAUAAGAGCGUUCAAUAUAUCUAUGAUGAUACCAUAAUAAAAAAUGGGGAUUCGUGGAAUCAAGUUAGAUGAAGAUAACGAACGAGCGAUUAAGAGUUAGGCUACGACCAAAACCAGUCGUGAUGUCUCCAUUUUUUUGUUCCAACAAACGAAAAAUUAACGAUAACCCGUUCAUUUCGAUAAAUAGAUCAAUUUGGCUAUCAGAUUCAGAUUUCUGAGAUUGGGGUACCCCUUUGGAUGUUGUCGAUCUUUGGUCCCAAACUGAAGUAUUUUUGAAAUCGAUUGUAAAUGGAGCUUUGAAUUUUUUUCACCGAGAUAUCUUAAUUUUUUUGCACUGAAAAGCGAAAAAUUGACGAUAACUCGAUCAAUUUCAUAGACAAAUCAAUUUGGCUUUAGAUUCGGAUUCCGGAGAUCGAAAUUCAUCAGAAUACCAUAGAAAUACUUUACUCCAAAGUCGAAAAAAUCAAGGCAUUUCCUUUUAAAUUACGAUAUCAAAGUAAAUGUUUUACUCCAAUAUCAAAAAAAAGUUCUUAGCCCCACCUAAUUAUAGGCAAUUCAACAUACGUUCUAGCGAAUCAGUCAACGCUAGCGAAGAAUGGAAGAAUCAGAAUCAGCGCUCUCACGGCGGAACCAACGAAUUCACGUUGGGCGAAACAAGCGCCAGUCAACGCAAGCGCUUGUGAUAACCACGUGUUAUUCUGACAGAUCAACGAACACACUGGGACACAUUUACGUAAACAUAGUUCGUUUCUCAUGGUAAUCAUCGAAAGAUUGUUAGAAGCAGAAUGAAGAUCUCACGACACAAAAAAGUGCAAAAGAACCUCAGCUUUUACGUAAAUAAUUUCGGAUUCCGACAGCCAUAUCAAGUCCUUAUAGAUGGUACCUUUACAUUCGCCGCUCUUCAGAACAAAUUGAACAUACAAGAACAACUGCCUAAAUACUUUCAAGCUGGAACCAAACUUUUAACGACACAAUGCGUUAUUAUAGAGACGGAAAUUUUGGGCCCAAAAGUUUACGGAGCAAUGCUCAUAGUGAAACAAUUUGCUGUUCACAAAUGUGGCCACGAAAAAGAACCUCUGUCAGGUUCUAGAUGCCUACGAUCCAUGAUUGGUAAAAAUAAUCCGAGCAGAUAUAUAAUAGCCACACAAGAUAGAGAUCUCCAAGAAAGCAUUAGGAAAGUUCCAGGAGUUCCUCUUAUUUAUCUACAUCAAAAAGCUCCGACGCUCGAACAACCCUCUGCAGCAAGUCAGAAACAAGCAUCAGAUCAUCGUAGCAUUUCAGUAGGAAUGAACGCACAGCAAUCAGAGACAAUAACACUAUUGAAGAAACAAUCAGGUUUGUCAGAAGAAAGCGAGAAACCACUGCCAAAAAAGAAACGGAAAAAAAGUGGACCAAAUCCGCUAAGUUGUAAAAAAAAAAAAAGAAAAUCGGUUACACCUGCUCAAAUUGAAAAACAGAAAAACACAGGUAAAGUCAAGAAAAGAAAGAAGAUCAAGAUUCCACAACACGUUAAAGAAGUUUUGAAAAACCAAUCUGUCUAGAAAUUUCGUUAUAAAGUUUUCAAAUCUCUGCGUAUACACAAUUGAAACAGGUUGUUUGAAGAUAGCUGUAAUCAUAGUUAUAUGGUUUUUAUUUCAUGAUUCUUAAUAAUACUCGGCAAAAUCAAUCGUACGCGUCGGUAUAUGAAAUCAAAUUUAUUAUUCAAUAUUUGUGAUAAUAAAGUAUUUGCUUAUCUCCGGCCCCUCUGAAUCGUGCAUAAUCUAUACGUCUUUUACAAUAUGCAAUCAAUAGGGCAGUUCUCUUCUCAAUAGUUAGGAAUAGCGAUUAAAUUUAAUUACAUAAUGAAAUGAUAAGAUAUUUAGUAACAAGAUUAACGUAUUAGGAAGGUACCGGACGCGUCGUCUUAUUUUGCUUUCUCAUCUUCAGUUUGUUUUGUGCUAAGAACGACACUCACUUUUCUAAUUAACAUUCUACUUGAUAUUGUACAUAUUUGUACAUACCUAACGUUAUUACACAGGAAUAUCUGCACCAUAAAUACCCGAUAAUGCAAGAAGGGCUUCAAUUCUGAUGAUUAAAUCUAUGGAGAUUAAUAAAGUUUUAUAGGAAUUGUAUUAAAAUACAACUACAUAUAUGUAUAAGAAGACAAUUGCAGAGAUUAGAGUGAAUAAAAUUAUUAUCAUAAUGAAAAAGAA